AUGGCUUCCGUAAGCAUGCUGCUCUGCUCAACUUUGGUGUUUGUCUUCAUCGUGCCGAUUUCUGCAGACCAGAAAAUCGUCACAGCUGAGUCUGGACAGGACGUCACUCUGACAUGUCGAGCUCCAAACAACAACAUCAUAGUUGUAAAUUGGAGCAGAGCUGACCUGAAGCCACAAUAUGUGUUUUUGUACCGGGAUGAGCAAUUUGUUCCAGAUGAGCAGCAUCCAUCUUUUAAGAACCGAGUGGAUCUGCAGGACAGACAGAUGAAGGAUGGAGACGUGUCUUUGAUUCUGAAGGAUGUGACGAUUAAUGACACUGGAACAUACGAGUGUCGUGUCGUCAUGAGAGAAACGCGCUCGUGGAAAUCCAUCAGCAUCAUCACACUGAGAGUUGAUCCUCCAGGUCAGACUGGAGGACACCCAGGGGAUGGACCUGUUGGACUGAUAGUUGCUCUGAGUGUUUCUGCUGUGCUUCUUGUUGCUGUUGUUGGUUUUUGA